AAUCGUGAAGCGGGGACCUUUGAAUCACUGACCUACAUGAAAAUACAAAGGCUCCUCAGCGCUCCCCCGGACCUUCAUGGCCUCUGCAAGAGCCUCCAGAGUUCCCACCCUCUACCGGCCCUGACGUCACAUCAGGUCCGGGUUCGAGACCAGCCGCCGUUUGCCCAUCGCCAGGGUCAAGAGCGCAGGAAGGACCGGGAGAGGAGGACCUGGGACCUUUCGUACCACGACACCCAAAACACCUCCAGUGUCCAUGUCACACGUCCCUGCGGCCGGCUCAUGGAAGUUCUGAAGGUGCAGUCCCACCUGGACAACCCCACCAAGUACCACAUCCAGCCGUCUCAGCGGCAGCAGGUGAGGCAGUAUCUGUCCACCACCCUGGGUGGCAAAGCCGGCAGCCAGUGCCCCAGCCAGCCCCCCGAGCACGGCAUGCCGCCCGGGCACGGCAGCAGUGCCCCCAACAGUCCCAUGGCCCUGCUCACCCUCAGCUCCAACUGUGAGAAAGAGAUGGAUGAUGUCAUUGAUGAUAUUAUUAGCUUGGAGUCGAGUUACAAUGAAGAGGUUCUUGGGCUUAUGGACCCGGGACUCCAAAUGAACAACCCGCUCCCUGUGUCUGGAAACCUUCUCGAUGUGUACGGCAACCAAGGACUUCCACUCCCCGGCCUCGCGAUCAGCAACUCCUGUCCACCCAACAUUAAGAGAGAAUACUCAGCUCCUGGCAUGAAGCAAGUACUGGACAAGUCUGAUUCCUGUAGCAUGUAUGAAAACUAUCAAAGGCAAGAGGGCUUUCCAGUAGAGGCUGAAGUCCGUGCUCUUGCUAAGGAGAGACAGAAAAAAGACAACCACAACUUAAUUGAACGAAGACGGAGAUUCAACAUCAACGAUCGCAUCAAAGAACUGGGAACCUUGAUACCCAAGUCAAACGAUCCAGACAUGCGCUGGAAUAAGGGAACCAUUCUGAAAGCCUCAGUGGACUAUAUCAGGAGGCUACAGCGGGAGCAGCAGAGAGCCAAGGAGAUUGAGUGCAGACAGAGGAAGGUGGAGCAUGCAAACCGCCAUCUGAUGCUACGUAUACAGGAGUUGGAAAUCCAGGCCCGUGCCCAUGGUCUUACAUUGGUGUCCUCUUCAUCUGUCUGCACAUCGGAUUUGAUCGGCCGAGCCAUUAAACAGGAGCCCACCCUCGGCGACUGCCCCGUGGAGCUCUACCAACAUAGCUCGGGCCCAGGCAUGUCCCCUCCGACCACGCUGGACCUCAACGACGGCACCAUCACCUUCGACCAGAUUCCUGCAGACUGCGGGGACUCUGGUCCCUAUGGAACCUCCAGGACCUGUAACAUGAAGGAUUUGGUAAGGGACACCCUGUCGCCGAUGUCCCCAAGUGAUCCCCUGCUGUCCUCGAUGUCCCCGGAAGGCUCCAACGCUAGCAGCCUCCACAGUUCCAGCUCGAGUAUGGAGGAAAAGGAUGACUGUUAGCAAACCAGAAUAUAUAUCAUCCCGUCAGUAAGGCACUCACCUAAAAGUGAAUGUAAAGGUAUCCACACGACUAAGUGGAUCAACUCUAUUACAAACUCUAUUUUCAUCUUGAUUCCUUAUAUUUUUCUCAUACUUUUUGCCAAUUCAUUGUUGAACUCUAAUGUUCAAAAUACUGUACACAUGUAACUGAUGUAUUUCUGUUCCUCGAUUGUACAAUGUUGUAAAAUUAUUUUGAUCUUGAUGCUGUAUAGAUGGACAGUUAUAUUAGACAAAUAUUUAGGCUGCAAGGUGUCAAAUAUGACGACAAUCUGUCACCGACUGGUCAACUUAAUGACUUCACUGUUUAUUAUUGUCUUUUAGUAAAACUAGGGUUUCCAUAUUUGACCCAAAAUAUGCUUUGUAUUGAACUGAACAUAUAUAUGUGAAAAUCUAUUGGUAGUUAAGCACAAAAUGUUUAUUGUAAUGGUAAAAAAAAAAAUCAAAUACUCUCAGAAUAUUAGAUUUCGACCUCGGUGAAUCUAACAGUGGUAAACCUCGGAUGGUUCCAUUGCAAAAAAAUGCACAAAACACCAAAAGCUAUUUAAAUAUUUAAGGAUCAAGUACCAAAUAUCAUUGCAUACUAGGAAGUGUUU